CAGUCCAAGUGCAGUGUAGUCGUAGAGGUCCACAUCUCCUCUCCAAUUUCUAGGGUUUCCCCCUAAUCCCCUCCCCCUCCCACCCACCACUCACCACCAUCACCACCACCACCGCCGCCGCCGCCACCCAUGGCCGAAGUCAUCAACAUGCCCGUCGAAUCCCUCGACCGCAGCCGAGAUCGCAAAGACACCACCACCACCACCACCACCAACCCCGAAUCAUCUCCCCAACCUCCGCCCCCUCCCCCGCCCCCGCGCCGCCGCGACCGGGACUCCAGGGAGAGAAGGGACGACAGGGACCUCGACCGCCCCCCGAACCGCCGCGGCGGGGAUUACUACGAUCGCAACCGCUCCCCCCCACCCCCUCCCCCGAGGGACCGGGAUUACAAGCGCCGCGCUAGCCCUAGCCCCCCUCCUCCCCCGUACCGUGACCGUCGGGCCCACUCGCCACCCCGCAGGUCGCCUCCGUUGCCGCCGUUCAAGCGGUCACGGAGGGACGACGGCGGUUACGAUGGGCGGCGGGGGAGCCCAAGAGGCGGGUACGGGCACGGUAAUAGAAGGUUUGGAUAUGACUUCCCAUAUGAUCGUGAAGGGGGCAGGCCUGGUUAUGGUGAUGAAAGGCCUCAUGGUCGGUACAUGGGCCGUCCAUCUGGUGGCUAUCCAAGUGGUUCAUCUGACUGGGAUUCAGGCCGUGAUGCUUACAACGAUGCUUCCAAUGCGGGGAAUACGAGAGAAGGCUUGAUGUCUUACAAGCAGUUUAUUCAGGAGCUUGAAGAUGACAUUUUGCCAGCAGAAGCCGAGCGCAGGUACCAAGAAUACAAGUCGGAGUUCAUAACAACUCAAAAACGAGCUUUUUUUGAUGCUCACAAGGCCGAAGAAUGGUUGAAAGAUAAAUAUCAUCCCACUAAUUUAGUCACUGUGAUAGAAAGGAGGAAUGAGCUUGCUCGAAAGAUGGCAAAAGAUUUUUUACUUGAUUUGCAGAGUGGAACAUUGGAUUUGGGUCCUGGUGUCAAUACUUUAUCUUUAAACAAAUCGGGCCAAGCAAGUGAUCCGAACUCUGAUGAUGAAACAGAUCUUAACGGCAAAAGAAGACGGCAUGGAAGGGCCACAGCUAAAGAAAUUGAUGUUCUUUCAGAUGCUCCCAAGGCUCACCCAGUCAGCUCUGAACCCAGACGGAUCCAUCUCGAUGUUGAACAAGCACAGGCACUUGUACGAAAACUUGACUUUGAAAAAGGAAUUGAGGACAAUAUAUUGUCUAAGGUUGAUAAUGAUAGAGUGACCAGGGACAAGUCUCAUAGUAGUUCGACUGGCCCCGUUGUCAUUGUGCGUGGUUUAACUUCUGUGAAAGGCCUUGAAGGUAUUGAGCUGCUGGAUACCCUCAUUACUUAUCUUUGGCGCAUUCAUGGAGUGGACUACUACGGAUUGGUUGAAACAAGUGAUCCUAAGGGUCUCCGGCAUGUGAGAAUAGAUGGCAAAAGUUCCGAUGGACCAAGUAGUGGGGCUGAAUGGGAAAAGAAAUUAGACUCUCGUUGGCAGGAGAGGUUGAAGGGUCAGGACCCCUUGGAACUAAUGACUGCAAAGGAAAAGAUAGAUGCGGCUGCUGUUGAAGGUUUAGACCCUUACGUCCGGAAAAUUAGAGACGAGAAAUAUGGUUGGAAGUAUGGUUGUGGAGCCAAGGGCUGCACAAAGCUCUUUCAUGCUGCUGAGUUUGUUCAUAAGCAUUUAAAGCUGAAACACCCGGAGCUUGUGAUGGAACUCACUUCUAAAGUGCGUGAAGAUCUGUAUUUCCAAAACUACAUGAAUGAUGCAGAUGCACCCGGCGGGACUCCUGUUAUGCAGCCUUCUAUACCGAAGGAGAAGCCACUGAGGCGGAGGCCAGGUCUAGAUAAUCGAUUGAAAGAUGAUCGUGGAAGCCGUAGAGACCGUGACAAUCGAGAUAAUGGAAACGAAAGAUAUGAUAGAUCUGAAAAGCCACAGUCGAUGGAUUUCCAGUCGAAUAAUGACGGUCCAGGUGGAGGAAAUCCGGAUGACCUUAUGUUUGAUUCUUUUGGUGGACAGGGAAUACAUGUUGCUCCUCCUUUCUCUUCAGAUAUACCCCCUCCUGUACUUAUGCCAGUUCCUGGCGCUGGUCCACUGGGGCCAUUUGUCCCAGCUCCCCCUGAAGUUGCGAUGCAGAUGCUGCGGGAGCAAGGGGGUCCAUCCCCCUUUGAAGGUGGUGGUAGAAACGGGAGGUCUGGGCCUCAAUUGAGUGGACCAGCCCCAAUUAUUGCUUUACCUCAGGCAUUUCGACAGGACCCUCGACGUUUAAGAAGCUAUCAAGACCUUGAUGCACCAGAGGAUGAAGUCACAGUGAUCGAUUACAGGAGUUUGUAGGUUCGUAUAAUUGUCUCAACUGCUUUUUACCUCGAGUGGGCAACUGGGUUGGGCAAAGGAUGACUGCUUUAGGUUUGCCAAGUACUACUGUGGGAGUUUGAGAGCUUGAUAAUUUCUCAUCCAAGAGGCUGUUGGUGUGCUGCUCAGAAUCGUUUUCCAUUUCUGCUGUGGGUAAUAUAUUUUAGAAUCGUACUUAGCUAGGCGAUACAGGUGUGGAAGCGAUGUUGACUCGUAUUUUUUCCCACUUGCCUGAAAAGAGAGAUCAUAUUUCGGUUGAGUUGGGAAUCUGAACAAUGGUCGUACGGUACCGUUCUGUAAAAGUGAAUCAUGGAUAUUAGUUUCAGAUAUCCCUGUAUUUUGUUCCAUUCACGUGUCCAAUAAUUUAGAAGGUGGAAGUUGUGAGCAUACUAUUUAUAAUUUGAAGGGUGAAAAUGCCAUGUAAAACCUCUGGCAAACUAUGCUUUUGAAUUUGGAAAUUGAAAUUUAAUCAUCUAAUGGAUUGCGGGGUUGAAAA